AUGGCUACUACCUCGCAUAUGUUCAUGUACUCCCUGACAAUUCAGCCUCCAACUGCGAUCACACAGGCGGUUCUGGGCCAGUUUUCUGGAACCAAGGAGCAACAGGUCAUCACGGCGUCUGGCUCCAAGCUCACUAUCCACCGACCUGACCCGACCCUCGGAAAGGUUACCCCAAUCUUCUCACAAGAUGUCUUUGGCAUCAUCCGCUCAUUGGCAGUGUUUCGGCUGGCUGGCAGCAACAAAGAUUAUCUGAUCAUCGGCUCGGAUUCGGGUCGCAUCACGAUCGUUGAAUAUGUUCCCUCGCAGAAUCGCUUCAACCGUAUUCAUCUGGAAACAUUUGGCAAGUCCGGGGUUCGCAGAGUCGUUCCGGGACAGUAUCUCGCGGUUGAUCCCAAGGGGCGUGCGUGUUUAAUCGCCUCGGUGGAGAAGAACAAGCUGGUCUAUGUUCUUAACCGGAAUUCUCAGGCUGAACUCACGAUCUCGUCGCCUCUGGAAGCCCACAAGCCCCAAACCCUUGUGUUUGCAAUGAUUUCCCUGGAUGUCGGCUACGACAACCCUAUCUUUGCUGCUCUUGAAGUAGAUUACUCAGAGGCAGACCAGGAUCCCACGGGCCAGGCGUAUGAGGAAAUGGAAAAAGUCCUCGUCUACUACGAACUUGAUUUGGGUCUCAACCAUGUCGUCCGUAAAUGGUCCGACCCAGUCGACCGCACUGCAAACAUGCUGUUCCAAGUGCCAGGAGGCGCAGAUGGACCUAGCGGCGUUUUGGUCUGCGCUGAGGACAACAUCACCUACCGUCACUCCAACCAAGAUGCAUUCCGCGUGCCCAUUCCACGCCGAAGUGGCCCCACAGAAAACCCUGAGCGCAAACGAAGCAUCGUUGCGGGUGUGAUGCACAAAAUGCGGGGCGCAUUUUUCUUCCUCCUUCAGACCGAAGAUGGUGACAUCUUCAAGGUAACCCUUGAGAUGGCCGAAGAUGAGAAUGGCCAAGUGACCGGUGAAGUCCAAGGUCUCAAAAUAAAGUUCUUUGACACCGUUCCCGUCGCAUCAAGUCUCCUGAUCCUCAAGAGUGGCUUCCUCUACGUUGCUAGCGAAUCGGGCAACCAUCACUUCUACCAAUUUGAAAAACUUGGUGAUGAUGAUGAAGAGGUCGAAUUUAGCAGCGAGUCUUUCUCUGCGGAUCCAUCCGCUCCGUAUGAACCGGUAUUCUUCCGCCCUCGUCCGGCCGAAAACUUGAACCUCAUGGAAUCGAUCAACUCCUUGAACCCAUUGAUUGACAGCAAGGUCGCCAAUCUCACAGAGGAGGAUGCCCCGCAAAUUUACUCUGUUUGUGGCACCGGCGCCCGCAGUACAUUCCGCACUCUCAAGCAUGGACUCGAGGUUUCAGAGCUGGUAGAGUCGGAGCUUCGUGCAGUACCUUCUGCUGUUUGGACUACCAAGUUGACGCGAUCCGACGAGUACGAUCGAUACAUUGUUCUGUCUUUUACCAACGGAACAAUUGUUUUGGGAAUCGGCGAGAUUGUGGAGGAGAUCACCGAGGAUUCCGGCUUCCUUUCCACAGCCCCUACGCUUGCUGUCCAACAGCUUGGCGAAGAUUCUCUCAUUCAAGUGCACCCUCGUGGUAUCCGCCACCUCCUCGCGGAUCACCGAGUGAAUGAGUGGCCUGCCCCGCAGCAUCGUUCCAUCGUCGCUGCAGCUACAAACGAACGUCAAGUUGCUGUCGCUCUCAGCUCGGGAGAAAUUGUCUACUUUGAAAUGGAUGCCGACGGAUCUUUAGCGGAGUAUGAUGAGCGACGCCAGAUGUCUGGCACAGUCACUUGCCUCAGCCUCGGGGAAGUCCCCGAGGGUCGUGUUCGGAGUUCAUUCCUGGCUGUCGGCUGUGACGAUUCGACUGUCCGCAUCCUCAGCCUGGACACGAAGAACAUGUUGGAAAACAUGUCUGUCCAAGCACUCACAUCGGCGCCCUCGGCUCUGAACAUCAUGGCCAUGGCCGAUUCGAGCUCCGGAGGCACAACGCUGUACCUGCACAUUGGUCUCUACUCUGGUGUAUACCUCCGUACUGUCCUUGACGAUGUGACUGGCGAGCUUUCAGAUACCCGAACCCGGUUCCUUGGAGCUAAGCCUGUAAAGCUGUCGCAAGUUUCGGUUCAAGGUCAAACUGCCGUCCUUGCUCUGAGCUCCCGUUCGUGGCUCGGGUAUUCAGACACCCAAACCAAGAGCUUCAUGCUCACCCCAUUGGACUACGUUGGCCUUGAGUGGGGUUGGAACUUCUCCAGCGAGCAAUGCUUGGAGGGUAUGGUCGGCAUUCAAGGUCGAAAUCUACGGAUUUUCUCCAUCGAGAAGCUCGACAAUAAUAUGCUCCAAGAGUCGAUCCCAUUGGCUUACACUCCUCGUCGCUUUGUCAAGCACCCGGAGCAACCCCUUUUCUACGUCAUUGAAUCCGACAACAACGUCCUCUCUCCUGCAACACGGGAAAGCCUCAUCAAAGACUCAGAAGCCCGCAAUGGCGAGGCUGCCAGUCUCCCACCUGUCGAGUUCGGCUACCCUCGUGGAACUGGUCACUGGGCAUCGUGCAUUCAAGUCGUCGAUCCAAUUUCUGACAAGGAAGUUGUUUUUACCCUUGACCUUGAAGACAACGAAGCAGCAGUUAGUGUUGCCAUUGCACCAUUCUCCAGUCAGGAUGAUGAGUCGUUCUUGGUUGUGGGAACUGCAAAAGAUAUGGAAGUCAGUCCUCCCAAGUCAAAGGGUGGUUUCAUCCAUAUCUACCGAUUCUCCGAAGAUGGCCGCAAAUUCGAGCUCAUCCACAAGACGAGCACUGAGGAACCUCCUCUUGCUCUCCUCCCAUUCCAAGGCAAGCUGUUGGCAGGCAUUGGUUCCAUUCUCCGUCUGUACGACCUAGGUGUGAGACAACUCCUUCGCAAAUCGCAAGCCCCUGUGGUUCCCCAGACUAUUGUUGGUCUUCAAACCCAAGGUAGCCGGAUUGUGGUCAGUGAUGUGCGGGAGAGUGUGACCUAUGUGGUCUACAAACAUCAGGAAAACGUCCUGAUUCCCUUCGUGGAUGAUUCUAUUGCUCGCUGGACCUCUGCCACGACCAUGGUUGACUACGAAACCGUUGCCGGUGGUGACAAGUUUGGUAACCUGUGGAUGAUGCGAUGCCCGAGCAAAGUUUCGGAAGAGGCUGACGAGGAUGGAUCUGGGGCGCAUCUUGUUCACGAGCGGGGCUAUCUGCAGGGUACUCCCAAUCGUCUUGAGCUGAUGGUUCACUACUACACCCAAGACAUCCCGACUAGCUUGCACAAGGCACAGCUUGUGGCUGGUGGUCGUGACAUUGUUGUCUGGACUGGUUUCCAGGGAACAAUUGGAAUGUUUGUUCCCUUUGCCAGCCGUGAAGAUGUUGAUUUCUUCCAAAGUCUGGAGACGCAGCUGGCUACGCAGCAUCCCCCUCUCGCCGGCCGCGACCACCUGAUCUAUCGCGGUUACUACGCGCCCGUGAAGGGUGUUAUCGACGGUGAUCUGUGUGAGAUGUACUUCCUCCUGCCCAACAACACGAAGAUGAUGAUUGCCGCGGAGCUGGACCGAUCUGUGCGGGAGAUCGAGCGCAAGAUCUCGGACAUGCGGACACGGGUGGCUUAUUAA